AUGACAGCACUAUGUCAAGUUGACAGCAUAUUUGUCUUCAACUGGGAAAAACUCAAUCAUGAACAUUUAGUUUUUGAACAUUCAAAAUUUAUUGGUAUUUAUGAAGAACUCGAUUUAUUGUGCUUGUCAAUUCAAGAACAAAUCGAUUUUCUCGAUCAAAAUUUAGAAACGUUUAGUUUUUUCGAUCAAGAUGAACAUUCGACAAAAGAUCUAUCUAAACAAACUGCUGAUCUUCUUUGGUUUCAACUUUAUCAUGAUAUUCUCUUCGAGCUAACACAUGAUGAAGAAGCCAAGCAGGAAAUGAUAGAUGAAUGUCGUUCUUAUUAUCGAGACAAUAUCAAAGAAUUGGAAGCAAUUGAGAAGUUUGAAAAUGAAUAUCGAUCUAAAGAAGCUCUUCAAUGGUAUUUGAGCAAAUCAUUUUUCUACAAAAUUAUCAAAAAAGCAUUAAGAACCAAAGAUUUCGAUCAACUUUGCACAUAUCGCUAUUUUAUGAAAGAUGUGACACAAAAUCUCGUUCGAGAACGACAAAAUAUGGUUCAGUAUGUUGAAGAAACACUAUUUUCAUAUCGAGGAAUGAAAUUAACAAGUGAUCAAAUCGAGAAAUUCAAAGAGAACGAAGGUAAACUUGUUUCAAUCAAUGGAUUUUUUACAACAAAUAUUCUUCGUUCAACUGCAUUCAACCAAGCAAUGAAAUCUUCGAAACGAACUGAUCUUAUUUCUGUUCUUCUAGAAAUUCAAUGCGAUCUUCAACAUCUGAAGAACAGUUUCAUUAUUGCUGAUAGCAUUCAUUUCAGAGAAUUUCCAUAUGAACAACAACAAGAAAUUAUCUUCGACACAAAUGUUACUUUUCGAUUGAAGAGUGUAAAAAUGAAGGAAGACAUGUACUUGAUUAAGAUGAGUGCAUCGAAUGAUGGUGAAAUUAUUAAAGAAAAAUAUAUUAAAGACUCACAUCAUCAAAUGGAAGGUCUAAGCAUAAGAAUUCUCUUUGGACGAUUGAUGUGUGAUAUGGGUCAAUGGAAUCAAUCACAACAUUUCUUUCAACAUUUAUUGAACAACUCCAAUAGCAACAAUGAAGAUGUCGCAAAGAUUGAGUGCAACCUUGGUGAAGUUCUUCAAUGGAAAGGAGAAUGGAGUGAAGCACGGAAAUAUUAUAAUCUUGCUUAUGAUCGGAUGACAAAUAUGAAACCAAGACGGAUAAAAGAUUCAGCUGAUAUACUCUUCAAUAUUGGGGAGAUUCUCUAUCUAGAAGGAAAGUAUGAAGAAGCUCAUGAUUAUUAUGAACGAGCAUUUGCAAUACGGAAAGAAUAUUAUUCCUCAACCAAGGUUGAUAGAUUCUGUCCACCGAAUAACCAACAGAGCAGUUUACUAAGUCGUAUUAGCGCAUCGUUCCGGCCAAUUUUAUUGAAUUUAGGCGAAUUCUUUCCAUCAUAUUCCGGAUUGUUUGGGAUUAGAUACUUUAUAGGAAUUUCUCGUUGGUUCCGCUCGAAAUAUGCGUCAAACAGAACUCAGUUACAAGAGCUGUGUCGAAACUUUCAAGAAACCGGUUGUUUACAGCUAUGUGCGACUCGCCUAGAUGGUCAUUUACCUAUUGCUACUAGUCUACGUAGCUUCGGCAAAAUACUCUUUCGGCAAGCCAAGUAUGACGAAGCACUUAUCUUUCAUCAACAAGCACUAGCAAUGCUCGAAGAAUAUUAUAAAUUUCCUCACAUCGAUAUUGCUGUUAGUCUUCACUGCAUUGGUCAUGUUCUUACUGAUAAAAAUGAUUUCCAUAAAGCCCUCGAUUUCUAUCAACGAGCGAUGUCAAUCUAUACAAAAUAUUAUCCAAAUGGACACGUGUACAUCGCCUCUAUCCUCAACCACAUGGGUUACAUUCUCUAUCGCGAAGGAAAGCUUGAUGAAGCUUUGAGUAUUUAUGAACAAGCAUUGCAUAUUCAACAGAAAUAUUACUCAUCAAGCAAUGCCAUCAUAGCUGAUACCAUCAAUCGUCUCGGUCAUGUUCUGUAUGAUGAAAGAAAGUAUGAUGCAGCAAUUGAUUAUUAUCAAAGGGCACUUUCAAUACAAGAGAACAUCUAUCCUGAUAGUCACAUUGAAACUUCUUAUACUCUCAGCUUUAUUGGUAACACUCUGCAUCAACAAAAUAAGUACGAUGAAGCCAUUGAGAUUUAUCGAAAAGCCUUAGCUAUUCAAGAGAAAAAUUAUGAAUUAGCACAGGUCGACAUCGCGAAAAACUUGAAAUUUAUUGGUGUUGUCCUAUAUAGUCAAGAGAAGUAUGGUGAAGCUAUUGAUUUCUUUCAACGAUCAUUAACUAUUCAAGAAAAAUUCCAUCCAUUUGAUUAUGCUAGCAUCGCUACCGUUCUUACCCAUAUUGGUAAUGGCCUGCAUUGGCAAAGAAAACAUGAUGAAGCUCUUGACUUCCAUCAACGAGCACUUACAAUUCGAGAGAAGUUUGAUGCAACUAAUUAUGUUGACAUUGUUGAUAGCCUCAUAAAUAUCGCCAAUAUUCUAAGAGAUCAGGAAAAGUAUAAUGAAGCUAUCGAGUUCCACCAACGAGCAUUGAUGAUACAAGAACAACAUUAUCCUUCUGAUUAUGUGAAAAUUGCUUAUAGUUUGGGCAACAUCGCUAUUAUUCUGAGUAAACAAACAAAAUAUGAUGAAGCUCUCGAGUUUCAUCACCGAGCGUUGGAAAUCUACGAAAAAUACUUCCCAUCUAAUUCUGCUGAUAUUGCUAAUGGUCUCAUCAAUAUUACUGAUGUCCUGAGCAAACAAGAAAAAUACGAUGAAGCUCUUGAGUUCCAUCACCGAGUGUUGGAAAUCUGCGAAAAAUGCUUCCCAUCUAAUCCUGCUGAUAUUGCUAAUGGUCUCAUCAAUAUUGCUGAUGUCAUGAGCACACAAGAAAAAUACGAAGAAGCUAUCAAGUUUCAACAGAGAGCAUUAACAAUUCGAGAAGAAAAUUAUUCCUCUUGUCAUGAGAACAUUGCGGACAGUCUGAAACGAAUCGGUGGCAUUCGAAUUGAUCAAGGAGAAUACAAUCUAGCACUCGAUUGUUAUCAGCGAGGUCUAACAAUUCUUGAAAAAUGCUAUCCAUCUGGUCAUGCUAAUAUUGCUGAGAAUCUGAUAAAUAUUGGAAUGCUCCUAAAUACGCAAGAGAAAUAUGAUGAAGCUCUCGAUUUCUGCCAACGAGCAAUGACAAUUUCUGAGCAAUAUUAUCCAUCCAAUCAUGCAAAUAUUGCUAGUUGUCUAAAUUGUGUUGGUAAUAUAUUUUGUAACCAAGAAAAAUAUGAUGAAGCUCUCAUUUUUUAUUACCAAGCAGUGACAUUUUACAAGAAAUAUGCGCCCCAUCAGCCAGAUUCUGCUACUUGUCUGAACAACAUAGCUGAAGUUUUCAAAAUACAAAUAAAAAAUGAUGAGGCUCUCGACUUUCAACAAGAAGCAUUGGCAGUUCUCAAAAGUAACUCGCCUAGUGAUCGAUUCAAAAUUGCUAGCAGUCUUAAGAGCAUCGGUAAUACUCUGUUUUACAAAAGAGAAUAUGAUGAAUCUCUUGAUUUUUAUCGGCAAGCAUUAACCAUAUUCGAAGAAUAUUACCCCAAUGAUCAUAUUGAUAUUGCUGGUUGCCUAUCCUGGAUCGCUGCUAACUUCGAUAGAAAUUUCCAGUUUGAUCUCACUAUUCCAUAUUUGGAAAGAUGGUUAUUGGUUGUAGAAGCUAGUUCAUUUCCAACGAAUAUCUCCAUUAUAAACGUACUAACAUGGUUGUCACAAGUACCAAGAACAAAGAACCAGUAUGAACGCUGUCUAACAUAUGAACAGAAUUGUUUCUUAAUGCGUCUCAAAGUUCUACCACCAGAUCAUGAAGAUAUUGGUGAUAGUUUAUCAAAUAUAGGUGAAAUUUACAAAAAGCUUCGUAAAGCUACAUUGGCACUUCAUUACUAUCAAGAAGCAUUAGCUAUCUACAGGAAAUGUCUGUAUCCUUGGCAUGAUAAAGUAUGGAAGAUGAAAUCGAAUAUUCGCCGACUUUCGAAAUAG